AUGCCUCGUGUAAUGAUAUGCGGCGAUUUAGUGUGGGCGCAUAAGGAGAGUGAGGAACUUUUCAGCGGUCUUGCUGAUGUAGUCCGCAUGGACUCUGCCAAUCGAGCGGACUUCCUGGCUGGACUGAAACCAGGAGGAAAGUACGAGGGAAUCGUUGGUUUCUACAGACAUAACGUCUCCUCCGCGCAAAUCGGCCUGUUCGAUCGAGAGAUUAUUGACGGCCUUGCGGCAGCGGGGGUGAAAUGGAUUGCUCACAACGGCGCGGGUUAUGACCAGAUUGAUGUGCUAUAUUGCAAGGAGAAAGGCAUCUUUGUGUCGAACACACCUGGAGCUGUCGAUGACGCGACGGCCACGACCGCGCUAUUCCUGCUCAUAUCUGCGCUGCGCUGUUUCUCGAAGGCGGAGCGCUCCGUCCGCGUGGGGCAGUGGAAAAACGCGCACGUUGCUGGAGAGGCGCACGACCUCACCGGGCGCACGCUCGCCAUCCUUGGCAUGGGCGGGAUUGGCCUGCGUCUGGCACACCUCGUUCACGCGUUCCCAAUGCGCGUAAUUUACCACAACCGACGCAAGGUUCCGCACGCGCCGGAGUGGUGCGAGUACUAUGGUUCGGACCGUUUGGACGAAUUCCUCGCGAGUGCUGAGGUGCUCAGCGUGCAUGUGCCGCUGAACGUCCAGACGACAGGCUUGGUCGACGAGAAGAUGAUCAGGAAACUGCCGAAGGGGGCGGUGAUUGUUAACACGGCGCGAGGGAAGGUCAUCGAUGAGGCUGCGAUGAUAAGGGCGUUGGAGGACGGACAUCUUGGGGCCAUUGGCCUAGACGUCUUCCCCGACGAGCCACAAGUCAACCCUCGGCUAUUCGAGUUCCCCAAUGCGGCACUUCUUCCACACAUGGGCACCGAGACGUGUGACUCUCAGAAGAAAAUGGAGAUUAGGGCGCUUACAAACCUCAGGGACUUUUUGACGAAAGGGAAGGGAGACGAUCUUAUCCCCGAGUUUAGGUAG